CACAGGAAGAAUACUGUCUGUACCCACACGCACUCACCUUCUUUGUUCACAUGCUGUGUAGCAGAUUCACGAGGUUGUAAUACAUACUUUAGUAAACAGCUCAUAACAGUUAGAUAAUACGUGACAAGCACAGUUAGGGAUAAAGCCAACAACACAGAUAGGUGCAAAAAGCGAAAAGCAUAGUUGAGACAUAAACGUUUUAGCGCAGCUGCACAUAUCAACUACAUACCUUAUAUCGGUUACAUAUAUUAUCUAUACUAGAUAGACAAAAUAUUCCACCAUGGCACCACGAGGUCAAAGCGAUGAUCAGGUGCUAGCAGGACUCCGCAAAUUGCCGGAGAAUAAAAUAUGUCCGAACUGUCAUGCGAAGGCAACACUGGGUCACGCCAACGUGUGCAUCCCUUUCAAGACAUUUGUUUGCAGUGACUGUAAAAGCGCACAUCAAGCCUUCUCUCAGCGAAUCAAAACCAUCAACAUGUCGACAUUCACACACGACGAGGUAGAGAGUCUCCGACCUGAGAACGGUGGGUCGAACAAAAUAGCGGAGGAAACAUUCAUGGGAGAUUACAGCGAGCGCCAACUGCCACGUCCUAGGAAGGGGGACGUACAUACUGUUUGGAAAGAUUUCGUGCAAAGGGUGUACAUAGAUAAAGAGUUCUUCGUUGGUGGUCGAGGUAGUCGCGGUGGCAGUGGCCACGGCUAUUCAGAUUCUGACGACGACGAUAGAGACCGAAACAGAGACCGAGACGAGGGUAGAUAUAGACGCAACGACAGUCGAUCACAGCCAGAUAGGCGUGACCGUGGUGGAGACUAUCGGGGGCGUGACUCGGACAAAGGUCGCACGAGUGAGCGCAGACGUAGUCCAUCUUUAUCUCCAGAGCCCAGAUAUGCAUCAACGUCUAGCAGCUCCAGGAAGCGCAGUGAGCGGGACAAACCCAGCGCGCCUAAAUACGAUCCUCCCAGCAUACGAAACACCGGCAGUGGGCGCACCAAGAGCCGGUAUGACGAAUCGCCGAAGACGUCGUAUCGGGACGGGGGUGGUGGUCGCGAUGCAAGAGAUAGAGGAAGCAGUAGCAGAUAUGCCGCUUCACCGAAGACGUCGCGUGCAAGCGACCGUGGCCGGUAUGAUGACGGGGGCGAUGAUCGCGAUAGACGAGUUAGUGGGGCCCGCGAUAACCGUGACCGUAGUUUGACACCUCCACCGGUUCGCGAUGGGGUUAGCAGGAGCGGAGAUGGGGAGGUGCGCGCCAGACGGAAGGACGCGUCAAGACCAGCAAGACGGGGUGUGUCGGGUAGAACAACAGGCGGGAGGGCUCAGGCCAGUCACAGUCACAGGAACGAUUCUCUGUCUCCGGUCAGGCGCGCGGAUAAGGGAUCUGAAAGGCCUCCGCCAAUGGCCGAUUUGUUGGCCGAUGAUGAUGCUUUGACGUCCGGCGUGCAACAACUAGGCAUCGGGGGAGAUGACGGUGAUUUCGAUAACUGGGACUCAUUCCAAGGUGGUGCUGCCCCAGCGCCAGUCGAGAACGCAGGGGGAUUAAACGAUGGUUUUGGUCAAUCGCUAAUUGGAGACCCCUUACAAGCAUCCUCCGCCACCGUACACAACCCCGCAAACGACAUCCUGGCCAUGUUCGGUCAACCGCCUGGCUCGAGCAUGCAGAUGCAGCCCAGCACUUCGUCAAGCGCGGCAAUGCCUGGGAAUAUGAUGCCCAUGUUCGCCGGCAGUGGCAAUGGCGUGGCCUCAUCGAACGCCAUGAGCGGAUUUGGUACAACGACCCCGUCAGUCCCUAUGGGUGGACCGGUUAAUACGUCUGUACCGACAAAUCCGAUGUUCGGCUUUGGAGCGAUGCCAGCGUACGGAGGUGGGCAAGCCAAUACUACCGCGGGUAUGGGCGCAGGGGGCUUCGCCAGCAACCCGGCAGCUAUGAACAUGGGUCACCCUACGCCCGCAUUCGCUUCCGCUGGGGUUUACAACACACAGCAACAUACACCAUCGUACGGCCUACCUAGCCAAGGGAUGAAUACGGGUAUGAACGCCUUCCCGGCGGGCGGCGCUAUGAAUGCGUUCGGAAGUGGAGGCGGAGUCAUGGCGUCUACUGAGCCUGCAAGCACGGGGUGGUCAUCAACAGAGGCCCAACAAAAACAGACCAAAGCUCCGGAAGGUGCCUUUAAUGGGCUCAACUGGUGAUAAGCCUCAGUUAUGAGGAUAACAUACGUAAGAAAGUAGCUCUAGAAUACGAAAGAAAGGAACUAGAUUGUGAAUAGAAGAUACAAGCCUAGUGUAAUUAAUUAAAUAACUGCAUGUCUGUCACUCAGUC